GGUGAAUGUGGGUGAAAGCAAAUAAACCACGCAAUCCACUGGAAUAUAAAACAAGUCGUCGAUGUUCAAAUGCUGUUUUUAACUUUGCAUCCAAUCAAAGGUUCCUUCCGAACGUAGGGGUUUUAUUUGUUCAAAGGCAGCUCAAUCUCAUAAAAGUUACAUCUCAUAAAGCUCCACGCAUUGGGAGUUCCAUUUGAUCAAAGGUUCGAUUUGAUCAAGAGUUCCAUUCGAUUCUAUAUUCCAUUUCAACUACAUCCCGCACGAGGUGGCGAAGUACAUUCGAGCAAUAUAAUUUGAUUGGAUAUACGACUUUAAAAGCUUAAGACGCAAUAUUCCUUUAACAAGAUUGAAUUCCAGCUACUAAGAUCAAGCAACUAAGCUUAUAAUAGACUAAGCUAUAUUGCUCUCGUUUUGAUCAAGAAAAUAGAUUCAACAAGAAGGACGACACGCUUUUGAUUUGAUACCAGACUAAAAGUGGGAAAAAGAGAAUAAAGGGGAAACAAGAGAAGUGGAAAUUAAAAAAAGAUAAAAAAAGCCAUAAAGAACCUCCUUACGUACGUUCAAAACAGCUCUUCUCAAAUCAGCGUCAUUUGUGAAAAAGCAGAAAAUAACAAAUAACAUCAGACAAUUCUAGUGCGCAAGUUCGAUAAAUGAAUAAUUAUARUUCUAAAAAGCAUUGAAAAASGCACGGAAAUAUCUGGAGUGGUUUAGAAAGAGAAGACACAAGAUCACAGCAGUACUGCUUCUCAGUAGAGAAAAUCAUUUCUGAAUACAUUUGAUGGGAAUCGUUUGUUUAUGAAACAACAURGUGGGACUCCUAUMGGGCAUUAGGAUAAUAAGGAAACAAAACUCUUUARAGAUAAAAAACGCCUCUGAAAGCCGACUUCAGACUGAUUCAGCUGCAGGAAAAAGUAUAUAGAUAUUAAGCAGGAACGGUUGAUUCCAAGAAGAAGACGCUUUUUAAAAGGGUUUGGAAUCUAAAACGACUCUUUGAGACACAAGAAAUCUUUGUCGCUGCAACAUCACAGAAAGGCCAGYAACAUAACRACWCUUUUUUGAGAAAUUGCGAAAGGUGAGAAAAUGAAUGUGUCUGCGUCUAAUGGUACAUCCCUUAUCAUUCCACCUUACGAGACCAAACUGAUCUUCAGCGUGAUAUGUGUGGUGUUAUACAUCGUUAUCAUCGUUGCAGGAGUUAUCGGAAACACACUUGUAUUGCUUGCUUUCUGCCUCAGCCCUGCUCUACGGAUUUCUCCUACGAAUUACUUCAUCAUGUCGCUCGCAAUCUCCGACAUUCUCACWGUYACUCUCAGUAUUCCGUUCGACGCGGAGCAGACGCUAUUAGGCUGGCGAUGGAAUCAUGGAAGCUUCGUCUGCUCUUUAUGGACAACCAUCUACCUGUUUGUUGUUCCUUCAUCGAUCCUGAGCCUGCUGGCUGUCAGCGUCGAUCGGUAUAAGAGUCUUGUCGACCCAUUGAAUAGGUUUCGUCAGACGAGGUUUAUGACUCGGAAGCGCGCAUGCGUAGUCAUAGCAGSCUUGUGGUUGUACUCGUUCGUGUUUGCGCUGAUUCCUGAAAUGGGCUGGAAAACGUAUAAAGAGAACAUCUACCAAGGUUCGUGUUCUUUUAACAUCACGGCGGAGUAUUCUGUGUUGAGUUCGUUUCUUAAUUUCGUUCUACCAGUGAUUAUCGUGUGCGUGCUAUACCUCAGAAUAUAUCGCACUGUUAAUCAAAUGCGGAAGUCGAGACAGCGGUCUGGAAUGUCGUUUGUUUCGGACGAAAGAAAGAAAGGAAAAGAACGAAAAAGGCUGCAGAAGAAUAUCAAGACAACGAAGAAUAUCUUGAUUGUGGUGUGCGCGUUCUUUGUUUGUUGGAUGCCGUACACAGUGCUGACCAUCACUACUAGCUUGUGUAUGUCUUGCUAUUUCUCCACACCGCAGGAAAUGUUCACUGUUUUGUUGAUUCUUGGAUACUCUAACUCUGCUUUAAACCCUUACCUUUACGCAUUUCGUAACAAGAAAUUCAAAGAAACCUUUAAAAACGCCAUGAGAAGCCUGAGAGUGUUGCGUGACAGAAAUUUCUCGUCACGGCGUAGCUACGCUACAAAUCCUUCGAUGUUGUCAGAGAGCUUGAGUAACGUAAGGAAUCUAAAUCAUUCUUUAUCUCAUGUCACAAACAAUCCUACGUCUUCAGUAUAACUCCUUAUUACAACUGAGUGUAAAUAGUGAUUUAAUCUGCGUGACAGUUCGUGACGCUUUCAAUACUUGACUUCGUGACAUGGACUGUCACACAAUGAAUUUGGGUGAUAUUAUAUAUAAGUUUAAAAAUAGCUUUAGUUCGGUGAUGGGCUUAAAUAAAAAGGGUAUACUAUUUAUUGUAGCCGUAAAAUAUUAAUAAAAUUACAACUGAUCUCGCGAGAAUUGCUU